AGAGGACAUGAAUUAUUAGUAAUGUCUGCUUAGUAAAAAACAAAAAGAUGUUUGUAAAGUCUGGAUCCAAAAAAUAACUCAAGACAGUCUCAUCAACUUUUUAUGCGAAACUAAAAACAUUCGAGGCCGCUUUGAACUGUUGCAGUUCAUUUUGAUUCUGAUUUAAGCAACAGUCAAAAAAAAGACGUGGUUUACGUGGAGGGAAAAAAAGGAAGGACCAAACCUUUGAAAAAAUGUGGAAGAAGAAGUAGAUUACACAUGAGUGUCUUGGUCUAAAAGACGCAUCCAGCAGUCUCCAGUCAGCUUGUAAAAAUGGCCAGGUUUAUGCGUAGAGAGGAAUCUGGGAUUACCAGGGACUAUGUGAAUCUACCUGAGCCAACGAGUGAUGCCCAACAGCCUGAUGGAGGUACUGCUGCAGUGUCUGGGAGAAAACUCUUCAAGCUGGUUGCUGUGAGCUUCGGACUCCUUUGUAUCCUACAAGCUGCUCUCAACAUCUCCCUGCGUCUUGCUUUCUCCUUAGAAGCGGGACACACACGUCUCACUGAGGAGAAAAACGGGCUGAGGAGAGAACUGCUUCCCUUUGAUCGCUACUUCCAAGAAGGCUGGGUAUAUUUACGUCCCAGUUUCUAUUACAUUUCUUCUUCCAAGAAGAAAUCCUGGCAAGAGAGCAGGAACGACUGUCUGCAACGAGGUGCCGACCUGGUGGUCAUCAACAGCAAAAAUGAGCAGGAUUUCACAAGAAAGUUUAAGUUGCAGUACACAUGGAUCGGACUGAUAACUGGAGAAACCAAUGACACUUGGGUAUGGGUGGACGACACUCCACUGAAAAAAAGCUACUGGGGUGAUGGGGAGCCAAACGAUUUCCAAGGCACAAUGUCAAGAAAUGAAAAAUGUGUAGAAAUAAGGUUCCAUGAAGUAGAGAACAGCUGGAAUGAUAGAAAUUGUGAGGAUCAAAACUACUGGAUCUGUGAAAAGAUGAUAGCUUUAUAACUCCCUUAUGUUUAAUCAACAUUCCUAUGAUGUGACCAUUGUCAACCAAUCAUGUCUUCUUGUUUCAACCUAAUUCCGUAUGUCUAAAAAAGACCCUCUUAGCCAGUUCACAAUGUUGUUUAAUGGUGGUGCUGUAUUUUACUGAAUCAUAAGUUAAGCAAUGCAUGGAAGUCUAUGUGGAGUCAAUAACAAUUGAGCUUGAUGUAUGUUGGACACAAACUAUCCAAUAAUAAAUGAAUU